AUGACUUGUCUCCAUCACAAAUUCAUUGCUUGCCAACGAGCCCUGGAUUUUGAACUAGACACCAUUCUUUCCCAACGCCCAGAUCUCGACAAACAACUCUCCAACCUCCACAAAUCCCGGAAGCUCCUUGAGAUCGUCAAGGCCGAUUCCGACCACAUGCUCUCCAACGUCCGCUCCACAUACAAUCUUGCCGAUCAAGUCAGCGGCAAAUUUCGCCAACUUGAUCUCGCUCAGUCCUGCGUUAAUGACACUCUUCUCUGCAUCGACGCCAUCAUAGAGAGAGGUAAUUGCAUUGAUGGCAUUAAGAAAGCUCUCCAAACUGAAGAUUUUGAAUCGGCUGCUAAAUACAUCCAGACCUUCCUCCAGAUCAUGCCAAAUACAGAGAUUCUGGUUUGGAUCAAAGAGAACUUAAUCUAUGUAAUGAGGUGGAAUGUGUAUGCCAUAUAUGAGCUCCAAGAUGAGUGUGAUUCUCGGGGUUCCUUAAUUUUAAAGAAAUACAUAGAAUAUCGAAAAUUGGCUAAGUUGACAUCCGAAAUUAACACUUACAAGAGAAACUUACUUUCUGUUAGAGACCAAGGAUCUGACCCAAGAGAGAUCGAAUUGUAUUUGGAAGAGAUUUUGCAACUGACACGGUUGGGUGAGGACUACACUGAUUAUAUGGUGUCCAAGAUAAGAGGUUUGAGGUCAGUUGAUCCAGAAUUACUUCCCCAAGCAACCAGAGUUUUUAGGAGUGAAAAUUUCAGUCAAGUUGUUCAGGACAUUACGGGUUAUUAUGUGAUUUUGGAGGGGUUCUUCUUGGUGGAAAAUGUGAGGAAGGCUAUUAGCAUUGAUGAGCAUGUACUUGAUAGCCUCACAAUGUCCAUGGUGGAUGAUGUGUUCUAUGUUCUACAGAGUUGCUGUAGGAAAUCGAUAUCCACUUUUAAUAUUAACUCAGUGAUUGCGAUACUGAGCAGUGUUGUGAGUUUGUUGGGUGGCGAGUAUAAUGAAGCGUUGUAG